CCAAAAAUGAUCUCGUUCACGUACAAAUUGAAUCGGUUUGUAUGGAACUCACUGUGCAUACAAGAAAUCUUAUCGUUACAAUGAGUGAACAUCCAAAGUAACUUACUGUCUUUUUUAUUCGCAUAUAUGUGAGUACUUCUCUCAACCUUACCUUAAUUCUUGUGUUGUUAAUGUAUAUACAUUCAUAAAUUUUCUAAGUUUUUCUUUACUAUUUUGUUUUUUCGUCGUAUUUAUUCUUUCAGUUUAAUGUUAAAUUCAAUGGAGAAAAGACGGUGCGCGAGCUCAUUGAGCUAAUAAAGAAUCUUUUCUCAAGAAAUUUAAUUUAAAAAUUAUUUCAAUAAAAUCAAUAUGUUUAGGAGAUUGUGGAAGUUUUAUAGUUUAAUUUUGUUGAUUGUCAUAAACAGUUGCGGAAUCUCAUCUGCUCAAUUUAGCACGGACUUGUUCUAUAAAGAACCUGCAAACGACAAUCUCGGCGAUGUGGUACAAUUUUUGCGUGAAUAUGAUCGCGAAGCAUCUGAUACAUGUAAUCGGAUUGCAACAGCUGAGUGGAAGUAUGCAACAAAUGCGACAGAUUUUAAUCGACGUCGUAUGAAAGAACAACAGAAUUUGGCAUCAAAGUUUGAGUGUAUAAGUUGGCGGAGAGCAUCAAGAUAUGACACAUCGAGGAUUUUAGAGAAUAAUUUGAGGAGGCAAUUGGACAGGAUUGUGUAUCAAGGGAAGUGUGGAUUGGGAGAUGAGAAGCAUUUGGAGAUAACUCAUGUAAUAACUAUGAUGAAAGACAAUUACAAUCAAGUUCGAGUAUGUCCAUAUCGAGCUGGACAAACAAAUUUAUAUUCUGAUGGACAUAAUAUAACAUCAUAUCAUGCAUAUUGUGAUCUUCGACUAGAGCCAGACCUAACAAGCAUAAUGGAACGAAGCCGUAAUGAACGUGAACUCAAAUACGCUUGGACAGAGUUUCGUGAAAAAGUUGGUCCUCCAAACAGGAACACAUUUAUGCGUUAUAUUGACCUAGCAAAUCAGGCAGCAGUACAGCACGGUUUUCGCGAUGCAGGUGAACAGAUGCGAGAAGUUUAUGAAGAUCCAGAUUUCUUUUUUACUGUACAAGAUUUAUGGACACAAGUUCAGCCACUGUAUAAACAAUUGUUCUCGUUCGUGCGAAAAGGAUUGUACAUAAAAUAUGGCGAUAAUGUACUCCGAAGUGAUGGGCCAAUACCAGCCCAUAUACUUGGCAACAUGUGGGGACAAAAUUGGCGCAAUAUUAUAGAUAUAAUAAAACCACAUCUAGAAACACCUGACAUAACAGGUGAAAUGAUUAAACAAGGCUAUACACCAACAAAAAUAUUUCAAGUUGCUGAAGAAUUUUUUACAUCUCUCGGUUUACCACCAAUGUCACCGGAAUUCUGGCGUAAUUCAAUUAUUCAAAAGCCAAACGAUGUUUAUACACAAUGUGCUGCUUCUGCAUGGGAUUUUUGCAAUUUACUCGAUUUUCGCAUUAAACAAUGUACGCAAAUUUCAUUGGAGGACUUUAUAAAUAGUCAUCAUGAAAUGACACAUAUACACUACUACAUGCAGUACACAACACAGCCGUUUAUUUACCGUGACAGUCCGAAUCCAGCAUUUCACGAAGCAGUUGCUCAUGCCAUUGCACUCAAUGUCGGCGGUCCUGUACAUUUACAAAAAAUUGGUCUCUUAUCAUCACCCAUCUCAGCAUCAAAUGGCAAUUCAAUGAUUAAUAUUGAAUAUUUACUCAAUGUUGCUCUUGAUAAAUUACCUUUUAUGGCUUUUUCAUUGACAGUUGAGAAGUGGCGUUGGUAUGUGUUUGAGAAAGGACCAGUCGGUAUGAACUCACGCUGGUGGGAUUUACGUUUGCGAUUUCAAGGAAUUAUCCCACCCGAUGUCCGUACAUCGCAACAUUUCGAUGCCGGUGCUAAAUAUCAUGUUAUUUCUGAUCAGGACUACAUCAAAUAUUUUGUAGCAACAAUUUUACAAUUUCAAAUUUAUGCUGAAUUGUGUUCAGCUGCCAAUCACAUCGGUCCAUUGCACACAUGCGACUUUUAUCGAUCACGGGAAGCAGGACGAUUAUUGAGUGAUUUUAUGCAACGUGGUGCUUCCCUUUCAUCCUCACAACUUAUAAAAUUAAUCACGCGUGGAAAGACGUCUCGAUUAUCAGUUGAUCCAUUGUUGGAAUUUUUCCGUCCACUUGAAGCAUGGUUAGAAAGUCAGAAUCGUGAUGAAAGCAUCAUUGGAUGGUCUUCUAACAUGGAUGAUGUGCAGCUAUUUCAAUACAUUGGAUUCAAUCAUGCGACGGAUAAUUUAAAUUUACGACUCAAUAAACUGUUAACUAUAAUUUGUUCCAUGUUGAUACUAAAAUUGAUGUAACUGUUGAAUGUAAAAUAACGCAGCUGGAAAUAUUGUAAAAUUCAAUUCGUGUAUGCAGUUCUGUUCUGCUUA